UGUAUAUAUACACUACAUUCUUACAAUUCUUUUAUUUGAAUUAACCUAAAAAUGUCAACAAUCCACCCUCUACACCCAAUAAUCCACACACAAUACUACAUAAAUUCAACUCCCAAUUCAAACCAUAUACAUAGAUACACUUUCUUUAAAAAUCAACUCAGAUUUUUACCUCAAAAACCCAAUCUUUAUAUCACCACUUCAUCUUUAUCCCCAAUUAAUCUGUAUAGGCAAAGUGGGUUGUGGAGAAAUUCACAAAGAUUCAAUCUUUAUCGAAUUAAAGCUAAAGCUGAGCAAGAAACUGAGCCAUCUGCCGAGCAGAAUGAUGCCAAGAACACCAAGAAGAAUGAUAUUAGAACAACUUCUUCGGGUUCGAGUCGAAAAGAGGAGAAAAAGAGAGGUGGGUGGUGGGGGAAAAGUAGAAAAUGGGAGUGGAAACCUAUAAUUCAGGCACAAGAAAUUGGUAUUUUGUUGUUGCAGUUAGGAAUUUUUAUUUUUGUUAUGAGGUUGUUUAAGCCUAAUAUUGUGUUGCCUGGCUCGGACCCGAGGCCUCACACGACGCUGGUUUGUGUACCUUAUAGUGAUUUUUUGAGUAAGGUUAAUGGGAAUCAGGUUGAGAAAGUUGAGGUUGAUGGUGUAAAUAUAAUGUUCAAGUUGAAGGAUGUUCAAGGGAGUGGUAUGGUGGGGAGUGGCGAUGCGGUGCAAGAUUCGGAGUUAUUGAGGAGUGUAGUGCCGGUGAAGAGAAUUGUUUAUACGACUACUCGCCCAAGUGAUAUUAAGGCUCCAUAUGAGAAGAUGGUUGAGUAUGGCGUGGAGUUUGGGUCACCUGACAAGCGGUCGGGUGGAUUCUUCAAUUCAGCAUUGAUUACUCUAUUCUAUGUUGCUGUGUUGGCAGGGCUGUUUCAAAGGUUCCCUUUCAAAUUCUCUCAGAGUACCACAGCUGGUCAGCUAAGGAAUCGGAAGUCUGGGAGCUCUAGAGGAGCUAAAGAGACUGAACCGGGGGAAAGUAUAACAUUUGCUGACGUCGCUGGUGUUGAUGAAGCUAAGGAAGAGCUUGAAGAGAUUGUGGAAUUCCUAAGGAAUCCGGACAGGUAUCUUCGAGUCGGUGCUCGUCCUCCUCACGGUGUUCUCCUGGUGGGACUUCCUGGGACAGGUAAGACUCUUUUGGCAAAGGCUGUAGCAGGAGAAGCAGAAGUGCCAUUUAUAAGUUGUUCUGCAAGUGAAUUUGUUGAAUUGUAUGUUGGAAUGGGUGCAUCGCGUGUCAGAGAUCUUUUUGCCCGGGCAAAGAAGGCAGCUCCGUCAAUUAUUUUUAUAGAUGAGAUAGAUGCUGUAGCAAAGAGUCGUGAUGGUAAGUUUCGCAUUGUCAGCAAUGAUGAGCGAGAGCAAACUCUGAACCAGUUACUCACUGAGAUGGAUGGAUUUGACAGUAACUCAGCAGUUAUUGUUUUAGGAGCAACCAAUCGAUCAGAUGUUUUAGACCCUGCACUUCGCCGUCCUGGAAGAUUUGAUCGUGUUGUUAUGGUAGAGACACCUGAUAGAACUGGAAGAGAAGCUAUAUUAAAUGUACAUGUUUCCAAGAAGGAGCUUCCUCUAGGAGAGAAUGUUGAUCUAGGUGAUAUAGCUUCUAUGACAACUGGUUUUACUGGGGCAGACCUCGCAAAUUUAGUGAAUGAAGCUGCUCUGUUAGCAGGAAGACAAAAUAAAGUUGUCGUUGAGAAGAUUGAUUUCAUUAAUGCUGUGGAGCGAUCAAUAGCUUGCUGUUUUUUCUGUCCCUCUAUGGCGUCGGUGAAUACUGCUUUGACAUCUUUCGUCUGUAAGAGUGGUUUGCAUUCUGAUUCCCCAAGGUUGCCGAAUACUACAUUUUUGCCUGGCUUUGAUGUAAGCGGAAAUGCUGCAAGUACUAGGAAGAAGGAAAACUGGAAUAUUGCGUUUUCAGGAGCUAGAGCUACAUUAACCUUUGAUCCUCCAACUAACAAGGAGACAACAAUCAAACAAAGGAAGCACACUGUUGACCCUGCAGCCCCUGAUUUUCUUCCCCUUCCAUCAUUUGAUCAGUGCUUUCCAAGGAGCACGAAAGAACAUAGGGAAGUUACUCAUGAAGAAUCUGGUCAUGUGCUUAGAGUCCCAUUCAGACGUGUUCAUUUAUCUGGAGAUGAACCGCAUUUUGACACCUAUGAUACAAGUGGCCCCCAAAACAUAAGCCCUCAGAUUGGACUUCCAAAGUUGCGCAAGGAAUGGAUUGACAGGCGAGAAAAGUUAGGUUUACCAAGAUUCACACAGAUGUUUUACGCUAAGAAAGGAAUUAUUACAGAGGAAAUGAUGUACUGUGCUGCUCGUGAGAAGCUUGAUGCAGAGUUUGUGAGGGCAGAGGUUGCACGUGGUCGUGCUAUCAUUCCUUCCAACAAAAAACAUCUGGAAUUGGAGCCAAUGAUAGUUGGAAGGAAUUUCUUAGUCAAAGUGAAUGCAAAUAUUGGAAAUUCUGCUGUUGUGAGUUCCAUAGAGGAAGAAGUUAACAAGCUUCAAUGGGCUACGAUGUGGGGUGCUGAUACUAUUAUGGAUCUGUCUACUGGACGUCACAUCCAUGAAACUCGUGAGUGGAUUUUACGUAAUUCUGCUGUUCCUGUUGGCACCGUUCCCAUCUAUCAAGCACUUGAAAAGGUAGAUGGAAUCGCAGAAAAUUUGAACUGGGAAGUUUUCAGAGAGACUUUGAUCGAACAGGCUGAACAAGGUGUAGAUUAUUUCACCAUCCAUGCAGGAGUCCUACUUCGCUAUAUCCCACUAACUGCAAAACGAAUGACUGGAAUUGUUUCCCGAGGGGGCUCUAUUCAUGCAAAGUGGUGCUUAACUUAUCACAGGGAAAAUUUUGCUUACGAGCACUGGGAUGACAUACUGGAUAUUUGCAAUCAAUAUGAUAUCGCGUUGUCUAUAGGUGAUGGACUCCGACCAGGGUCGAUUUAUGAUGCCAAUGAUACUGCUCAAUUCGCCGAGCUCUUAACUCAAGGAGAAUUGACACGUAGAGCUUGGGAGAAAGAUGUUCAGGUGAUGAAUGAAGGGCCUGGGCAUAUUCCAAUGCACAAGAUUCCAGAGAACAUGCAAAAACAACUGGAAUGGUGUAAUGAAGCUCCCUUCUAUACCCUUGGACCUUUGACUAUUGAUAUCGCUCCUGGUUAUGAUCACAUUACUUCAGCCAUAGGUGCUGCCAACAUAGGUGCCCUUGGUACUGCUCUCCUCUGUUAUGUCACUCCAAAAGAGCAUCUUGGUUUGCCUAAUAGGGAAGAUGUAAAAACUGGGGUCAUAUCAUAUAAGAUAGCAGCUCAUGCAGCUGAUUUGGCAAAAGGUCAUCCACAUGCUCAAGACUGGGAUGAUGCACUUAGCAAGGCUAGAUUCGAGUUCCGUUGGCUGGACCAAUUUGCUUUAUCAUUGGACCCAAUGACUGCCACAUCCUUUCAUGAUGAGACGUUGCCAUCAGAUGGUGCUAAAGUGGCACAUUUCUGCUCGAUGUGUGGGCCAAAGUUUUGCUCCAUGAAGAUAACAGAAGAUGUUCGCAAGUAUGCUGAGGAGCAUGGUUAUGGUAGUGCUGAAGAAGCUGUUCAGCAAGGGAUGGAUGCUAUGAGUGCGGAAUUCUUGGCAGCCAGGAAAACUGUGAGUGGUGAGCAGCAUGGUGAAACUGGUGGAGAAAUCUACCUUCCUGCAGAUUACAUCAACUCAGCAAAGAUUUGAAGGACCCCUUGCGAGGAAUAAAAACUUGUUUGCAACUUCUUGGAUAUGCAAGUUCUCUGAGUGAGCUGCGAACGACUGUUGAUUCAAAAGAUCAUUGUAUUUAAGCUUUGGGUGAGUUCAUAAUAGUCGUUUGAUGAUGGGUUUGGGAGACGAGGAAACGUUCCCUGAAUUAGAAUGUGCCAAUAAUACAUAAAGUUUCUUUUGAA